CUGGAAAUUUGAUUUCAUUCCUUCUAUAUACAACAGAUCUUGCAACCGAUUGACUGGUCAGACCAAGUUUUCGUUGCACCUGUCUGUACUAUCCCUUGUUCGCGCAAGCUCGAGUGUGGCGCAGUCGCACCACAAAAUCUCAUCACCUGCCCGUGUCCCUGCGCACGCAGUGUUAAAUUUGCUAACAAUGUUUACAAACGAAGCACGUAAGAGGAGAAAAUGGGAGAAAAGAAAGAAAUGUACAUGUUGUGAAACUCCCACUAAACGGCAUCGCCUCCUAUUGGACCCAGGUGGGCAGAGCUAAAUUCUUCGCUCCGAUGAUGAAUAAUCUGGUCUCCAGUGGGGGUGCCAUUCAGGGUAACUUCACCAUGACGACCUCCAUGAACUCGGGGAUGAUCAGCGAUGAUCUCAGUGAGCCGAGUUCACCAGAGAGCUCGUUUGAUGCCUCCGACUUGCUGGGAUCAAACAGCAUUAAUGACGAGGUCACAGCACAGUUAGCCAGUUCAGGUACAAUAGGAAUGGCUGCCGCUGCAGCAAUUGCCAGUGGCAGAAAACACAAGAGACCUCAUACAUUUGAGACCAAUCCAUCGAUACGAAAACGACAACAGACCAGACUUCUAAGGAAGUUGAAGUCCUGUAUAGAGGAGUACACAACCCGAGUAGGACAACAGGCAGUGGUGCUGUGUUGUACACCAGGGAAGUCUCAAAACUCUAACAACUACAAAGUCUUUGGUUCCCAGCCAUUAGAAAAUGUGAUAAGGAAUUGUAAAUCAGUGGUGCUACAGGAUUUAGAAUCUACCUUAGCAGAACAAGUCCCACAGUCUCAAGAUGUCACAGGCAUGCAGGAGUUACCACCCUUGUCCAUCGACGGAAUUCCAACUUCAGUUGACAAAAUGACUCAGGCGCAGCUGCGAACCUUUAUCCCAGAGAUGUUGAAGUUUAGUACUGGACGUAGUAAACCAGGGUGGGGCAAGACCGAGUGUCGUCCCGUGUGGUGGCCCAAUGAUGUCCCCUGGGCUAAUGUACGCAGUGAUGUCAGAACCACAGAGCAGAAGAAAAAGGUGUCUUGGACAGAAGCCCUUCGAACCAUAGUUAACAACUGUUACAAGCACCAUGGAAGAGAAGAUCUGUUACAUGUUUUCGAGAGCUCGGAACAAAAGACAAUGUUACAAACUAUAAAUAACCCUGACGGGACGAUCUCUGUGAUACAAAUAGACACCACUCCCAAUCAGGUGGUAACAUUGCAGGAUGGUACCCAGGCCACAGUGGUGCAUACUGUCAAUCAAGAUGUACCACAGCAGGAAGCAACGCAUGCCGUCCAGACAUUAGCCGACGUAGCGGUCAAUCAGCAGGAAGUAGUCACGAUGUCCGGCAUGCAGAUGACCCCAGUCAGCGUCGAGAUAAAUUCGGACACUAUUGGACAUCGCAUCGCUCAUAUAAAUGAGGACGGCCACAUUGUUCUGUCGGGGGAUGACCUCGGAGGAUCACAAGGAAUUGUGAUCCCCGUCUCCUACACCCUCCCUCAUUCAGCCGUCGUUUCUGUGACAACUUUUGAUGCCCUACAAACACAAUCCGGACUCCAAGUCGCCAUGGCUCCAAUGACAAUAACAAAACAAGAAGCGUCGGAGAACAUUCAGGAGGAGAUCACCGAAGCAUCAUGUGACAUGUCACUGGAGGACAGUGACGAUAAAUUAGAGUGAUCUUGU